AUGCAGCAGAAUACUAAGUUGAGAAAUCUUAUUGCAUUACUUUAAUAUUUUGUGAAUAGAAUUUGUAAGGAUUUCACAAUAUGGCUAUUAUUGUGUUGUUAUUGAAAUUUAGUUAUUUCAGUGUUUAUUUAUAUUUAUCAAUUUGAUAACUAUGAUAUCAACACAGAAUAGUCAUUAAUAUUACUUAAAUAUUUUUAUUAAAUCUAUAUAGCUAAAAAUUUCUUGCCUUUAGAAAGUACAUUUGCAAUAUAGUUGAAGAAAUUAUUCUUCCUCAAGUUUCCAAUUAAACUUUUAUUAUAAUGGAUCCAAAUCAAUAUUCUUCUUUAAUCUAACUACUUUCCUUUAUGUUCUAAUUAAGUCUUUGAAUAUCUUUUUGCAAUUAUAGACAUAUGA